UCCAUCCUUAUACAGUAGUGCCUAAUCGAUCAACCAAGGCGCACGGAAAUGCGCACAACGCGCAUCGGCUUUUUACGUUCUAACAUCAUGAACGUAAAAACAAUCUUGUUCUGUUCUAUAUUAUUAGUUGUAAAAAGUGCCAGUGGACAAAAGACGUCACAAAAUCCACUAGUAGAAUGUCCAUCGCUACAAAAAGGUGACUCGUACACGCAGUCGGAGUUCCUCUCUCGGCUCGCGCACGAGUGUCGCUACGAUCGUCUCCUGCUCCCAACUUAUGAGACCGGGGGCGUGGUCUACGUGCAUGCCAGCGCUUACGUCUACUUCAUUCAACCCGCUGAAGCCCAUGAUCUGAACUUCAAACUACAUUUCCUCCUGCAACUUCGAUGGACGGAUCCAAGGUUGGCGUAUUCAUUGUAUUCGCCGGAGCGAACGAAAAUUAUUGGAGAGAGUGAUCUUCGAUCUCGGGUGUGGGUCCCCCAUUUGUACAUGUCUAAUGAGCAGUCUUCAAGCCUCAUGGGAACCGAUAGCAAAGACGUUUUGAUCUCCAUCGCGCCUGAUGGUGAAGUAUUGUUCAGUCGCAGGAUGCAGGCAGUUCUCUACUGUUGGAUGAAUCUUCAGAAGUUUCCCUUUGACGAUCAGAAAUGUUCAAUGAAUUUAGAAAGCUGGAAAUACAACGCGUCAAUAUUACGGCUUAUGUGGGAAAAAGAUAAUCCUGUUCGCUUAUCUACAGAAUUGCAUCUGACAGAAUAUUCUCUGUUAGACUAUUGGACAAACGAGUCAGUAGUGAGAGGGGACAUAGUUAACAUGAGACUGGGAGGAGGUAGAUCGGGGAAUUAUAGCGCACUGAAAUUCACGUUUAAGUUGGGACGUGAGGUCGGUUAUUAUUUGAUGGAUUACUUCAUUCCAUCUAUGAUGAUAGUCGCUAUGUCAUGGGUGACGUUUUGGUUGCAAGCAGAUGCUUCAGCGCCGAGGAUUACUUUAGGAACAAGUACUAUGUUGUCAUUCAUAACACUUGCAUCGUCUCAAGCGAAGACUCUACCGAAAGUAUCCUACAUCAAAGCGAGCGAAGUUUGGUUCCUGGCGUGCACCGGCUUUAUCUUCUCAGCUUUAGUCGAAUUUGCCUUUGUCAAUACAAUAUGGAGAAGAAAGAAAGUGGUGAGCCUAAAGAAAGUGAACAGUAAAUAUAUAUUGAAGAGUACUUUGACGCCGCGCUUGGCGAGGAAAGAGCUACAGAAAGAAUUGCAAGAAUCAUCUCCUCAGCUCAGCAAAUCUAGGUCAUGCUCAUCGCUGGCCCAGGAGACCAGCAGUGACCCAGCCGGCCCGGGAUAUAAUAACUACCUUACUGUGCAUAGUUUCCCAUCUGCUAUGAACUUGCCAACGAUAACGACGCAGAGUUACGACGACCUUGUGAACAGGUCUGGCAACCGGCAGCACAACAGCUGCAGUGAGGGCUCAGACGAACCUCCCAAACACCAUACCUGGACUCAGAUGACUCCUCAAGAAAUCGCCACUUGGAUUGACAAACGUUCCCGGGUUAUGUUCCCGUUACUGUUUAUACUGUUUAACAUUCUUUACUGGACGUUCGUCUAUUGCCUUUGAUACAUUUGUAGGUUAUAGAUGUAGGUUCCUAUGUGAAGAGCUGUUUACAUUUUGAUGUUAGGCUCUAAAAAUUAUACUCCUUAU